AUGGAGACCGUCAAGGGUUUUCUUUCUCCCUUCGGGAAUGUCUCUGCGUCCAUGCAAGAUACACUGAAAUUGGUCGUCAUCGGAGGAACAGUAGAAACUGCUCGCAGAGCCUCAGUAUCUGCUUGGAAUGGUUUCGUAGAUUCAUUUUUCCUCACGGCUCACUUCAGCCAAGAUGAUUAUCCAUACGAUUGGUUGAUGCAUUGGCUGUCUAAGCAACCCGCAUGGGGACGUAGUCGCGAGUUUGAUAUCACCACACGAAGUGCAGGCCGCCGUGGUCUCACUACAGCAACUACGGGAGAUCUGAACGAAGAUGAAAUGGCAGAGGAGGACGGGAUCGAGGGGAGAAAUAAGCGCAAGGUGGCUUUCUUGCCUAGCUUAGAUACCCAGCACACGAUUUACUACCGAGGCCACUGGCUCCGCAUCACGCGGACGAAGAAGUUCGAGGAGUACGGCCAUUAUUCCUCACUCAAAAUCAGUGUUGUUGCGCGGAAUAACGAUAUCCUUAAGAAACUCGUGCUGGAGGCAAAGCGUGAGUAUGAGAAAGACACCGAACACCGUGUUCACAUUUACAUGGCCGACACUACUCAUGGAUGCUGGCGCUGGAAUGGUGCACGGGCCAAACGUCCCAUGACUUCAAUCGUCCUGGAGCCUGAAGUGAAAGAAAUGCUAUUAGCAGACUGCAAAGACUUCUUGAGUUCCGAGGACUGGUAUGCGGAACGCGGGAUUCCAUUCCGGCGUGGAUAUCUUCUGCAUGGUGUUCCGGGCAGCGGCAAAACGUCCCUAAUCCAUGCGUUGGCCGGCCAAUUAAAUCUUGAUAUCUACGUUGUUAGCCUUUCGUCGAAGGGUAUGAGCGACAAUACCUUGAACACCCUUAUGGGAAAUGUGCCGUCAAGAUGUAUCCUGUUAUUGGAGGACCUAGAUGCUGCAUUUACCCGCUCGGUCAGCCGCGACGCUUCUUCUACAGGCGCUCCUGGAGCUACCACCACUCCUGUGGCUACUGCAAAGACGCCUGCUGAGGCUGCUGCAAGCGACGGGUCGACUCUCAGCUUGAGCGGCCUUUUGAACAGCCUAGACGGUGUAGCGGCGGCAGAAGGCCGCCUUCUGUUUGCCACUACAAAUCACAUUGAGCGUCUCGAUCCUGCUCUCAGCAGGCCGGGUCGCAUGGACGUGUGGGUGAACUUCAAGAACGCGACCAAAUGGCAAGCUGAGGGUAUCUUCAAAUGUUUCUUCCCAUCCCGGACGGUUUCUCCAACGGCGUCUUCGUCCACGCAAGAUGCCUCGCAGAAGAACUUGCCUAUUUCGAAGCGAAGGGCCUCUUCGCAGGCUGUUCCAUUGCUCGCAGAUUCUGAACUGGCUGAAUUGGCCAAGCGCUUCGCAGAUGCUAUUCCUGAAGACGAAUUGAGUGUUGCUAGCUUGCAGGGUUAUCUAUUAAAGAACAAGACCCGCCCAAGAGAGUGCGUCGACGAGGUCGUCGGGUGGAUUAUUUCGGAGCGCGAGUCACGCGCGCGCCUCAGAAAAGAGAAGGAAGAGGUGAGUUGUUUCUGCUUCCAUACCUCGGUAGGCUAUGUAUUAAUGAAGUUCAUUGUACAGCGUGAGGCAAAGGAGAAGAAAGAGGUUUGCUUCUUCUUGUGA